AUGAAUUUGACCAAUUGCAGAAGAACAACUGAAUUUAUUCUGGUUGGAUUGCCACGAGUUGUUAGAAUGGAAAGGGUGAUGUAUGCCAGUGUCUUUCUGCUCUAUCUCCUGUGCCUGAUGGGCAAUGGGCUCAUCAUUAUGAUGGUAAUCAAGGACCACCAUCUCCAGAAGCCCAUGUAUUUCUUUCUUAGCAACCUUUCCUUCAAAGACAUUGGACACACCACAACCUUCAUACCCAAGCUGUUGUUCAAUUAUACUUCUUCCAACAAUUCCAUCUGUUUCUCUUGCUGUUUAAUACAAUUAUUCUUCUAUUUCCUUUUUGGAGUCACUGAAUUUUUCAUCAUCACUUUGAUAUCGUUGGAUAGAUACUUAGCCAUUUGCCACCCUUUGAGACACAACACUAUCAUGCCUUCAAGGCUCUGCCUUAAGCUGUCAAUAUCAGCCUGGUUUGGAGGAUUUUGGUCCAUCAUUUGCCAGGUCGUGAUGAUUGCAAACUUGCCCUACUGCACUUCCAACGUUGUCAAUCAUUACUUUUGUGACAUUGGACCUGUGUUGAAGAUUGCUGGGGGAGAUUCACACCUUAUUGAAGUCCUUGGCUUCCUCCUUGUUGUGGUCUUGAUUAUGUCCUCCCUGCUUUUCACCCUCAUUUCUUACCUCUUCAUCCUCUGCACCAUUCUUCAAAUGCCUUCAACUUGCAGACAGCAGAAGGCCUUUUCAACAUGUGCUUCCCAUCUGGUUGUGGUCAGUAUUCUGUACGGAUCGGUCUUUUUCGUCUACUUAAGACCUACUGUCAAAAACUCUUCUUUCAGUACAAUGAAGUCCGUCUCCAUAUUGUACACCAUGAUCACCCCCAUGCUCAAUCCUUUCAUCUACACUAUCAGGAACAAAGAAGUGAAGGAUUCUGUACGCAGAAUGCUAGGAAGAAAAAUUCCAGAUCCCUGA